AUGGUGCACGACGACGACACGAUGACGCCAUUUGUGACCUUUGUACAUGAGAAAAAAAAAGGAAUGGAGAACAAUUUAAGUCGAAGUGGGAGCCGAUCGAGUUCUGUUUGUGAACUCGAAAAGGACCUAAACGAUAUGAAAAUAAUGAAAUCUAGGACGAAUCCACGCAACACCGUAGGUUCAGCCCGGAAAGCAAAACGUAUAAGAUUUUUUCGAAACGGUGACAAAUUUUAUUCAGGAGUGACGAUUCCAGUCUUGCCAGAACGAUACAGAUCUUUUGAUAGUUUGACUGCAGAUUUAACUAGGGUAUUAGUUGAUAAUGUUACCUUACCAAGUGGUGUGCGGACAAUAUACUCACUGGAAGGUAGAAAAAUAGGCAAAUUAGAUGAUCUAGAAGAUGGACAGUCUUAUGUAUGUAGUGGUUUUGGUGAACCUUUCAAACGAUUAGAUUAUGAAGCUAGUGCAAUAACACCACAAUCUUUUAGACUUAGUGGUCCCGAGUCUUUGAGUGAUAGUGCAAGUCCAUCACCGGCAAGAGCUAACAAUAGACUGUCUCGUUACUUACUAACAAAUGGUAGUAACAAUACUACUGGUAAUGGGACAGCACGAGUUAGCCCUGCUGGAGACAAUGUAGUUCGCCCCCGUAUAGUGACUAUUAUUAGGAAUGGUGUCAAACCGCGGAAGGUAUGUCGACUACUACUUAACAAGCGUAACAGUCCCACUCUGGAGCAUGCUUUGGCUGCUAUAACAGAGUGUAUCAAACUUGAUACUGGUUGUGUUCGUAAAGUGUUCACUCAGUCUGGCUCUGCAGUUACUGCUCUGCACCAGUUCUUUGAGGAUGAAGAUGUAUUCUUUGCUUAUGGGAAUGAAAGAGUCAAUCAAGAGGACUUUGAAUUGGAAUUUGAGGAAAGCAAAGCAGUUCUACAGUGCAGAAAAAAUCCAAUCACAAAAAAUUCUAGAUCGGGCCCGAAGCCUCGUAUGCCAGUGAAGGCAAGCGGAGCGGCCGCAAGUAGCGAAGCCCGGGGUGACGCAGAACCCGCCGCCUCGCAACUGUUGCCGCAUCCGCUUCGCCUAAAGUAUUCUGUAGGAAAAAUCAUUGGUGACGGUAACUUUGCUGUUGUACGAAUAUGCAAAGACAAAGUUAGUGGCAAGGAAUACGCACUUAAAAUAAUUGAUAAAGCAAAGUGCAAAGGCAAGGAACACUAUGUUGAGGCAGAGGUACGCGUAAUGAGAAAGUUAUGCCAUCCACGCAUUGUUUCCCUUAUAGAGGAACAAGACUGUCCCGAAUGGUUGUUCCUUGUCAUGGAAUUAGUGAGUGGUGGCGAUUUAUUUGAUAGCAUUGCAGCUGUUUGUAAAUUUUCUGAACCACAAGCGCGUUUGCUAAUCGGUCAUUUAACAUCAGCUAUUGCAUAUCUUCACUCACUUUCUAUCGUGCAUCGUGACAUCAAACCUGAAAACCUCUUGGUGGAAGUUGGUCCAGAUGGUAGUAUUCGCGGGCUUAAGCUGGCCGAUUUUGGCCUUGCCGUUGAAGUUUGGCGACCACUUCAUGCUGUUUGUGGAACUCCAACAUAUGUAGCUCCAGAAAUACUCUUAGAAACUGGUUAUGGUUUGAAGAUUGACGUGUGGGCGGCCGGCGUGAUUCUCUACAUCUUGUUAUGUGGCUUUCCUCCAUUCUCUUCUCCUGAUGGCGAUCAAGAAAAAUUGUUUGAUGCAAUACUUUCUGCUCGCCUUGAGUUCCCUGCACAUCACUGGGAACGGGUAUCAGCUGGAGCUAUUGAUUUAGUCGCAAAUAUGCUUCGACCCCAACCAGAGCUUCGCUUCGCUGCCGAAGAUGUGCUUGACCAUGCUUGGAUGUCGGAUGACUAUGAUGAGAGUUGUGACUUUCGCACAUGGUAUGAUGAAGACUCUUCA